GGGGGAUGAUCUUUUGGCGUGCUGCGGCAACGGUUGUCUCAGUACAUGUUCGGUAUUCUUUCUGUCAAAGACAGACAAGAUUUCUGUGUACACAAUUCUAUCGUUCGAUUAAUCGUGACCGUGUUUUCCGUUUAGAAAUUUCGCUAACAACAGUGGUUUCAAUUUCGUGGAACGAACUUGGCUGUUAUGAACCGCGCGAAGGAUGAAAGAUCGGAGUCUGACAAGACAUUUUAAGGACUGCUCCAGUCUCGAGAUCCUUUCCCUCUUCAGGACUCUUUGUGCUACUGUAAAAUGUUCAAUGUUUCCAGUUUUUUCACCGGAAGAAAAUUUACAACCGGAUCUGUACCACGUCUGACCGGUUUCGCAAGAUCAAUGAAAUUUACACGUUUCAAUGAUACUUUAAUUCGACGUGUUUCAGUCGGAUAAGGAAAAGUGGUGUUACCAAGUCACGUGGUAAGCAAAGAGCUAAUCAGAAAUUCGAUGAGAGAGACUCUUUGUCAAGGGUGUAUAGGAAAUCACGAAAUUUCACAACAGUUUGCGACAUUCGAAAGCAGGACUAUGCUGUUUGUCUGACGAUUACCUCGCAUUUCUACUUUAUUUACUUAAUGAUACGUUCGUUAUACACAGAAUAAACGAAUCCGAUGGAAAAUGUUUAUCCGUUUUAUGUGAAUAAAUGUACCAUGCUUUCUCCUUCGCGCCAUACUGUACUUACGUCCACGUGCUCGUCACAAUUGGAGCCUAACGUUGUGUCAGCCUUCGAAACGAUACACUCACGCAAUCUUACCAGUAUGUUUCAUUUCAUAACAGAACCAUUUUUAGACAUUUUUUCGUAAUUAUCGACUACAUAACAGAGUCAAAAAAUGUAUUCAAUAAACGUACCGUUCUACUUAUCAGCUUCGUGCUUUCAUAUCGCUCUGUGGGGGGUGGUCUUUGAAGGCUAUCCGGGAGGGACGUUAUCGCAUUGUUGAUCGCAGAAGAGUCGUUGCACUUUACCGUGCAAGCAGAAUCGUAAAUUAAUUAUAAAUUAUUGAUAGUUUGAUUGGGAUGACAAGAACGAAAAACGCGUAACUGUACGUCUAGCCGGCACUGGAGAUAACAACGAUCGUGUCACCAGGAAUGUGGAGUAGGCCGGUGGGACUAUAACUGAUUACUUACAAUGCGAUAGCGAUCCAUGCCCAAGGUUACAAAUCGAGUUCGUGGUUGCGAUUACCGAGAACCGUUCGUAAAGGGCAGGUUACUUAGAAAACGCGACUUGCAUAUAGCCCGCGAAAUAUACAUAUGUACAUAGAAAGAAAAUGAGUCACGGCACCGAGAACGGAACCGCACAAAGGCUUGGCCGUUUGGCAUCGUUCGUCGGUGCUUUAGUAGAUACGCUUACGUUCAUCCGUCGAAUACAAAUCGAUUGUACGAUCGAGCGUCUUCGAACGUAAGAACUGGAGCAAUAGCCACGUGCUCGUUCAGUAAAAUUCUGUGCCAAUUGCGUUAGGAUUUCUCCGAACGAGCCAAACGAGUGACGCUAGAAUUUCUCUGAAAGUUUCAAGACAGUGCUCGCUCGUCGAGCUCGUUGUAUAUUCUUGAUUUUCCGUGCACCGGUUACCGCGGGAAAGGGAGAUAAGGCUAUCUGAAACAGGCAUUAUAAAAAAUUGAUAUCGCGGUUAACUAGCGUCAAUGAAUCAUCGAUCCUAGCAAUCAUCGAUCGUAACGAAAGUUGCGUUUGUUGAUUUCUACGCUGUGCACCCACCUGUAGAGUUGGGCGAAACGGACCCGGACGGUUUCAAAUCCAAACGGACUUCUUCAACUUUCUCGAUACAUAAACAUUUUAAUUGAUCGGUAGGUAGAAAACAAUGUAUCGGAUGAAUAAUUAAGCGGGCACGGUGAAACAAAAGGCAGGUGUUGGGAAUUCAAGGCCGAUAGGAAUUGAAAACUAGUGUAAGUGGAUCGGGAAGUCAAAGGUGCGCGCGUUCGAAUAGCGUGUACCGUUUACGAAACUAAAGACAGCCAGAUACAAGUGUAGACGACAUAGAGGACGCGUUGAUCGGCAAAAUAUUUUCAACAGACAACUCCACUUCGAUCGAAGUGGGAGAUUCUCCAAGGUUUCCGGAUACGAGGAGGAACUCUGCGUAAGCUAGAUCGGAACCUACCGGACGAGCAACGGAUUCAUUGAGUAACCAGCUUUUCCGUUGGACGGUUCAGUCAGUGUCGUGAAUUACAUAAUCGCGUAGGAUCGAGAGGGAUAGACAGAGACAUUGUGCAAAACGCAUCGAGGAUGACCUUCGCAGCCUUCUCGUCUGUCCGUCUAUCGCCGACAGAGAAGAGGCCGGAGAUAAGGUCGAACGCAAUUUAAUUAAUAUCUACCAGUGAUCGAGCGCGUUACUGGUUUGUUCGAAGCAAAACUGACAAGAAGAGAGGAUGUCGAGCGGCUGUCGGAAGAGAUGACUGUGGCAGCAAGAGUGAUUUCUGGCUAGAGAUCUAAGGCUGACGGGAUCUAAGCUGGCUCUGCAGCUGAUUACGCUAUUUCACAGUACAGGUGUACCGUGCGAGAGAGAUGACGGUCACUUACACUGCCGAAGUUGCUACCUGUAGAGGUCUCGGUUGCUUUCUAAAAUUACUCCUAAGAUGGCGAGCAAGCAUAUACAAGCUCGUCUGGUUGGACCUAGCUCUGUUCCUCUUCAUAUAUUAUUCUCUAUCGAGCAUAUAUCGAUUGCUGUUGGACGAGCAUCAAAAGAAGAUCUUCGAGGCGGUGGUGGCGUAUUGCAACGAGUACAGCGACCUAAUACCACUGUCCUUCGUCUUGGGUUUCUACGUCAGUAUCGUUAUGACCCGAUGGUGGAAUCAAUACAUGGUGAUACCCUGGCCAGACUCGAUCGCAGUUUUCGUGUCAGCCACCAUUCACGGGAACGACGAAAGGGGUCGACUAAUGCGUCGAACCAUCGUCAGGUACGUCUGCGUUUGUUUGACAUUGGUGCUAGCGAUGGUUUCGCCACGGGUGAAAAAGCGUUUCCCAACGUUGGAGCACUUCGUGGAGACCGGUUUACUGUUGGAGAACGAACUGGUGAUAUUCCAGAGUCUGAAUACGAAAUUUCCGAAGCCCAGCAAGCAUUGGUUGCCAAUCGUGUGGGCGUCGAGUAUAGUGACACGGGCCAGAAAGGAAGGUCGGAUUCGCGACGACUUUGCCGUAAAGACAUUGAUAGACGAGCUAAACAAGUUUCGUGGUCUUUGCGGUAGUCUCAUGCACUAUGAUACAAUUAGCAUUCCUUUAGUAUAUACUCAGGUGGUAACCUUGGCUGUGUACACGUACUUUUUAACGAGCGUGAUGGGACGGCAAUGGGUGCAGAAUUCGUCGACGUCGACGAUCGAUCUCUACUUUCCAGUAUUCACGACGCUACAGUUCUUUUUCUACAUGGGUUGGCUAAAGGUGGCCGAGACGUUGAUCAAUCCAUUCGGGGAGGACGACGAUGACUUUGAAGUUAAUUGGAUAAUCGAUAGAAACUUGCAGGUGAGCUACCUGAUCGUCGACGAGAUGCAUCACGAACAUCCGGAAUUGAUACGAGAUCAGUAUUGGGACGAAAUAUUCCCGACGGAGCUUCCGUACACCGCGGCGGCUCAGCCCUUCCGCGAAGAACACCCUCAGCCAUCGACGGCUGGUAUCCAAUUAUCCGCAGCCCAGCAAGAACUUCAACCCUCCUCGGUGAGAAUCGACGAAAUGGCCGGGGAGUAUCAGCAAAAAUUCCAACCGGACGUAGCCGACGAUGCUGCGUCCGGCAUACAUUUUACAGCUACUGGUAAAAUGUCAAGGAGCACCACUGAAAGUGGCAAAAUAGCAAGAAGCGCUAGUAGAGUGAGCACUCGAGAUCGCACUCUAAGCGGAGGAUCCACUCCCAGUAACCUGGGUGGUUCUCUGACAAGAGUGAACAGCGUGACUAGCGUGUUGAAGCGAUUGUUCAGCAAAGAAGACAGACCAGACGGUGGUGUAUCGAGCGGUAUCAAGACACCAGGAAGACUCGCGAGUUCUAGUUCCUCUGCUUCGUUGCAGAAUCGACUAGUCGGCCCAGGUGGUUCUAUGAGGAUUGGCGUGAUCAAAGAGGAAGCGGACGAGCAGAUGACCCUAACGUCGAUGAAAUCAGACAAAAGGCCUCACGUGCAGAGUAUAUUUUCGCCUGGUCCUCCGCCUCCAACUGCUCCGAUGGCUGUUCCUGGUACAGAAUAUUGUCGUAACGGAGAAAUAUUUUCCACCAGCGCCCCAGUAACCGGUGUAGCAGACAAUGGCGAAAGCGCGAACGAAAGAAGUUACAUACCUGGGCCAAGAACACAACGAUCGACGCAGUCAGCACGAUCGAGCAUCGCUUACGAGCCAGCAACGAGUUACCCUGGUAGCGGUAUUGCGGACGACCUAAUUAGUACUCGUAGUUCCUCUUGUGCCACUACCGAUUCCGACGACGAGUUCACGAAACUGAAGACGGAAAGAGAAAAGCAAAGGCGCGAGAAGGUAGUGCGAAGACUGGCCAGGAGUACCAGUGGACAUAACAAUUUAAUUAGCGGACAUUCGGCGAGUACUCUCGAUGGAGAACACCUUUUGUUGUCGGAAUUAGCGCAUACCUCGCGUUUGUCCAUGGGGCAAGAGGGCUUCGAUGAUAAGAUCGAGAGCGAUCGACUUUAGCAGGAUUGUUGGUGGUUCUAUUUUGAAGUUUAGUUUCAAUUGUAAGCAAUAGUAUACGGAUAGGUUUAGAUGAAGAAAGGCAAUGUUUGAAUAGGAAGACUACCGACCAGUUGAAUGGUCAAUGGAAUUAUGACAAACUUUUAUGGAUGUCAAACAUCUGUUGAUAAGCAAGGUUGAUUAACACGUUGAUUGCUUUUGUGGUCACCAGAACCACUAAACAUGACAAUCAUCGUGUUAAGAUAUUAAUGUAUAUAUGAUGUGUUUUUUUUUUAUUAGAAGGAAAUUAAUAAGCAAACAAGAAAGUAUUAUGCUCUAGGAUGCCCGAAUCAAGUUCAGAUAGAAUUUACUGAAGCGAAGAACGGUGUAAAGCUAAUGGAUGAAAAUUGUAAACAUUCCAUUCGUGCUUGACGUUCAGUGAUAAAGUGGCUCGUAAUGUCGUUUCAGAUUGUUUAAAAACACACGGGAUCAUAAUUACAUGUACUGUAAAAAUGGUUGAAACGGAUCUUGACCAUAGCUGCAAUUUUGCGUACAUCGUAAGUAAAUUUUAACAUGUAAUGUAAGAUUGUAUAAAAUUUCCAAAGAUUACGAAUGUAAAUGCUAACGUGAACCGGUAUACCUCUCACUUCAAAUUCUACGUAUCGAAAAAUGACAAUAAUAGCGGUAAUAUUGUCAUCGAAUAUCGCCUUGAAAGUAUUGAAUUUUAUAUACGUACAUUUGGUAAAUGUUACAAGUUGAAUCGAAUCUGUCCAAAAUUUGCGAUUGAAAUCUUGUUCGGAAAGAUGAAAUUAAUUUUAACUCUCAUUUUUUAUAUCAACCGCUUUAGAUAUAAAAAAUGAGAGUGUGUAGUUAAUACAGAAUACGUUAGAAUUUUAAAUGAUGUUAAUAUCUUUUUUUUAAUUAAACUUUGCUCGUUUUAAAAUGCAGCGGAAAUGGGGCCUUCAGAAGGCUGGUUUAAAGCAUAAACGCUAAAGACCAAUAAGGAAUAUUUAAUAAGCAAUCGCAAAAACGCUAAAAGUGCCUAUCUUAUAUUAAAAGUUUUUUAUCUUUGAAUCGUUCAAUUGCGCUUGGAAUAAUACGAACAGUGUUACACUCAAAACUAUUGCUUUUGUACGGUAACGCGUUCGAGUACGCACAUUCCAGAAAUCAAAGACGAAUUUAGAUCGAUGACAAAAUCGAUAAAACGAUCGCACAUCUGCUAAGUAAUCCCAAUUUCCUACUUUUCAUACAUUUGCAAUAUCGCACACUUAUUGAAAAUGUGAAAGUUUAGAAAAAAAUUUAAAUAAAAUUGCUCGCUAAUCGAUUUUUUAUUACGAAUAAUAUGUAAAGUAGUAGUAAACAGUUUGAGUAUCGUAGAGUGCGUGUGUACAAAAGCAUAUACUUAUGUACGUAGUACGAUUAACACUCUUUACUGCCUGUGAAUAGUUUACGUUAGACAACCUGUCUUUCAUUUUGGAGUUACAUUCCAGGACGUGAAUAAGUUCUCUGGUGCUCAGGAUUAAUUUUUUGAUUUACAGUAUUAUAGUAAGCUUCUUGGAAUGUUCAAUAGAAAUGUUGAUUUCUUUCGAAUAAACAAGAGUGAAUUUCAAA